GUAACCACUGAGAGGCGAAAGUGGCCUGGAGCCCCUGAGCCAUGGGGUGGGCCCGUGAUGCCAUCCUGAACGCGCUUGAAGACCUGACCACCGACGAGCUCAAGAAGUUCAAGCUGAAGCUGCUGUCGGUUCCACUGCGGGCCGGCUAUGGACGCUUACCACGGGGGGCCCUGCAGCAGAUGGACGCCGUGGACCUCACGGAUAAGCUCGUCAGCUUCUAUCUAGAGGCUUAUAGCACAGAGCUCACAGCAACUGUACUGCGAGACAUGGGCAUGCAGGAGAUGGCGGAGCAGCUGCAGACAGUCAUUGUCCGGAGUUCUGGGGUUGUACCAGCUGCAAUCAGUGUGCCUUCACAGAUGGCAGCCCGGCCAGCACCACACUUCGUGGACCAGCACCGGCAAGCACUCAUUGUCCGGGUCACAGACAUCGACGGUGUGUUGGAUGCCCUAUAUGGCAAGGUGCUUACUGAGGAACAGUACCAGGCAGUGCGGUCUGAGACCACCAAUCCAACCAAAAUGAGGAGGCUCUUCAGCUUUGCUCCAGCCUGGAACCUGACCUGCAAGGACCUGCUCCUCCAGGCCCUGCGGGACACCCAGCCCUACCUGGUGGCUGACCUGGAACAGAGCUGAGAUGUCUCCAACAAGAGCCCCCACAUUGUGCACAUA